AUGCAGUUACAAAGCAUUCUCGCUCUUGGUAUCGUUACCACGGCACGUCUUGCUGUCGCUGGACCAUGCGAUAUCUACAACAGUGGUGGCACACCCUGUAUCGCUGCACACAGCACUACCCGGUCUCUAUACAGCAACUACAAUGGUGGACUCUACCAGAUCAAGCGUGCAUCUGAUGGCUCAACUACAGACAUCAGGCCUCUAUCAAAGGGUGGCGUCGCGGAUGCUUCUGCACAAGACACCUUCUGCAGCGGUACCACAUGUCUCAUCACCAUCAUUUAUGACCAAUCUGGUCGCAGCAAUCACUUGACCCAAGCACCCCCUGGUGGCUUCAAGGGUCCAGAAGCCAAUGGGUACGACAACUUGGCGAGUGCUGAUGGUGCACCAGUGACCCUCAACGGGAAGAAGGCGUAUGGCGUCUUCAUCUCUCCUGGAACUGGAUACCGUAACAACCAUGUUAGCGGUUCCGCUACAGGUGAUAAGCCAGAGGGCAUGUACGCUGUCCUCGAUGGUACACACUACAAUGGGGGUUGCUGCUUCGACUACGGCAAUGCCGAAACCAACAGCAAAGAUACAGGCAAUGGUCACAUGGAGGCCAUCUACUUCGGUGACAACACUGUCUGGGGAUCCGGUUCCGGUAAAGGACCUUGGAUCAUGGCAGAUCUCGAAAAUGGCCUCUUUUCUGGCAAGAACCCAAAGAACAAUGCUGCAGACCCGUCCAUCAAUGAUAGAUUCAUCAGUGCAGUUGUCAAGGGCAAGCCUGGCACAUGGUCAAUCCGAGGAGGAAAUGCUGCGUCUGGCGGUCUGUCUACAUUCUACAACGGCGCAUAUCCUGACGGAGGAUACAACCCAAUGAAGAAGGAAGGCGCCAUCAUUUUGGGCAUCGGCGGCGACAACAGUGUUGGUGCGCAAGGUACCUUUUACGAGGGCGUCAUGACGUCUGGUUAUCCUUCCGACGCCACUGAGAAUGCUGUGCAGGCUGAUAUCGUGGCUGCAAAAUAUGCCACAACAUCCAUGACAAGUGGUACUACUCUCUCAGUUGGAUCAUCUGUAUCAUUGAAGGUCACAACAUCAGGUUAUACAGACCGCUACCUCGCGCAUACCAACUCAGAUGUCAACACACAGGUUGUCAGUGCCUCUAGCACGGCCGCGCUUAGGAAGCAGGCUAGCUGGACUGUCCGUACCGGUCUUGCCAACAGCGGUUGUGUAUCAUUUGAGUCCGUCGAUACACCUGGAAGUUUCCUCAGGCAUUUCUCGUUCACUCUCGUUGUGAACAAGAACGAUGGAACCAAAGCGUUUAACGAAGACGCUACGUUUUGUCCACAGAAGGGUUUGAACAACCAAGGAAGCUCGAUUCGAUCUUGGAAUUAUCCAACUCGCUACUUCCGACACUACAAUAACAAGGGUUACGCUGCGUCCAACGGUGGUGUCCACGAUUUUGAUGCCGAUAAGAGUUUUACGGACGAUGUCAGCUUUGUUGUUGCAAAGGGUCUUGCCUAG